UAUUGCAAACUCUGAAACGACUAGUAAUUCAUAAACAAUUCUAAUGAAAUCAAUCAGAGGAUCUUCUUAUCUUAAUGACACUAUCCUACAAGCUACGGAGUACUAAUUACUUCCUAAACACCUCAUACUCUUCCCUAAUUCUACGGGCACUACCAUGUUCAUUAAGAUUAGUACGCACGUUUUGAUAAUAAUUAAUGUAUUACUCUGUUUGUAACUAAUACGCACUUAUAGUAUGUACCUAGGACUAGGAGAGUAGGAGUAAUUUCCAUUCAGGUUUAUAAACAGAUGCAUAGCAUACUUGUUCUCCUUAUGCCCUCACAAGUCACAACCAUCAUUUUUUUCUUCCAACAAUAAUUAAUCAUGGUAACCUUUGAAAGAGAUUCACUUACCUUCAUUUUCCUCAUAACCUUAGUUCUUACUACUAUCUUCUGUCCUCUGCUAGUACAAUCCUGCAAUGCCAUAGACAAAGAAGCAUUACUCGAUUUCAAGCGUGGGAUCCAAUACGGCGAUUUUCAACAACUAUCAACAAUAACAUGGCUCCCUAACACCGACUGUUGCGCAACCUGGCGAGGCAUGAGUUGUGAUCCUAUCACUAAAAGGGUAGUUCGAAUUUCCUUAUCUGGCCCUGCUGUUAGUGACUUAGGUCCAACCAUAUACAUACAAGGUACACUCUCUCCUUUCCUUGGCAAUCUUACCUAUCUUCGAAUCCUUGACAUUAGUAACCUUGGAGGGAUAACUGGUCCUAUCCCUCCUCAAUUAGGCAAAUUGUCACACUUAACUCAUCUUUCAUUACCCUACAAUGACUUAAACGGUUCCAUACCCGCUUCAUUUGGUAACCUCCAUAAGUUAAAGUAUCUAUUCCUUGGACACAAUGCCCUCUCUGGUACUAUUCCUCACGCUGUUUUUCGAUCAAUGAAGUCACUCUUAACAUUGAAUUUACAGGGAAAUUUCUUCACUGGCUCAAUACCGCCUUCCAUUGCAAAUCUAAUAUCACUCCAGCAGCUCUUUUUAGGCCAGAAUUCUUUCUCCGGUGAGUUUCCAACCGGUAUUACCAAACUAAAGCACCUUAAAUAUGUAGAUAUCUCAGAAAAUAAAAUCAGAGGAAGUAUACCAAAUUCUGUCAGUGAACUCUCCCAAGUAGAAACGUUAUUUCUAAACAAUAAUAACCUUACUGGACAAAUACCAAAUUCGAUAGGUAAACUCUUUCAGAUGCAGGAAUUAUAUUUGAAUUAUAACGAAUUAACCGGAAACAUACCACAUUCUGUAGGCGAACUCUUCCAACUGAAAUCUUUACACCUCGCCCAUAAUAAAAUUACUGGAGUCAUACCGGAUUCUGUAGGUGAACUCUCGCAGCUGCAAAAUUUAUACCUCCUCGAUAAUAGACUCACUGGAUCUAUUCCUUCUACUGUAGGCAGCCUUGUUUCUUUAGUGUCCAUGGAUUUGAGUCAGAAUAAAUUGACAGGAGUUAUACCAAAUUCUAUAGGCAAACUCAUCAGAAUUGGGCGUAUAGUGUUGGAAAACAAUAUGAUUACAGGAAAGUUACCACCGAGUAUAGGACAAUUAACUACAUUAAGCGAGAUUAUGUUCUCAAAUAACAACUUAGUUGGAGAAAUCCCUUCGAGUUUUGGCAAUCUUAACAGCCUGACGCAUUUGGAUUUGUCUAAGAAUCAACUCACAGGGAAAUUGUCUUCUUGGAUAGGUAACUUGAGUUAUAGUUUAUGGUCCCUUAACUUAUCAAAUAAUAGAUUCUACUCCACCAUUCCCCAAGAGUUGAAGAAUCUUUAUCAACUGGUAGAACUUGAUCUUCACUCAAAUAACUUCACUGGUUCCUUGGGAGUUAUAUUUGAUAAAGAAUUAUCGGAUUACUACACCUCCAUCGACGUGUCUAGCAAUAAGUUCACAGGUCCAAUUGAUGUAAACAUAGGGAGUAAGCCUGUUAUGGCAUACAUUAAUUCAUUGAUCUUGUUCAAUAACCCAUUGGGAGGAUCCAUACCAAAGUCGAUGGGGAAUUUGACCCAACUACGAGUGUUGGAGAUGGUGGGUAACCGGCUUUCAGGAAGAAUCCCUCAAGAACUCGGGAAUGCCAACCAAUUGAGCACGAUUUUGCUAUCGAGGAAUCGGCUGAAUGGAAGUAUUCCCAGGAAAGUGUUGAAUUUGGAGGUACUGGAAGUGUUUGAUGUCUCAAGAAAUCAAUUUAGUGGAAAGAUUCCUACACAUAACACUAAUAUUCCUGCUUCUGCAUUUGCGCGUAAUCUUGGCCUAUGUGGUUCUCCGCUCCCUCCUUGUAAGCGUUGGUAGUAUAUUAUUGUAUGAACACUCUGCUAGAGUUCAAAUCAACUUCAUGUGUUUUUAAUCUUCAUGUACUCUUCUCUUCAAUGUCAUCAAUGAAUAACAGCGCUGCAAGUCACUCUUUC